AGCCCGCCCUGGGCUCGUGGAAGGGGCGGAGCCGGGAUCUCUCCCGGUCCUAGAGGAGGCGGAAGUGCCAAGCGAGUGCGGGGCCAAGGACACUUACCCGCUGACCCUGUGCACUCAGGUAGAGGCGGCGGCUCCGGGUCCCGGUGGUCCAGUGGGCAGCUCCAGAGGUAGGGCCCAACCCGGGCCUGCGAAGAGAGGCUGAAACAGGCUUGGAGAGGUGAAGAGACUUGCCCAAGGUCACAGCUAGUGUCAGGGAGGGGGGAUUGGAACCCAGACAAUUUGGUGCCUUCCCCACAGUGUCCUGUUGCCAUCUAGGAUCUAGGCAUCCGGUAAUAAAGCCUUGACCUAGUUCAGCAGGAGGAGAAAGGAGGGACCAGAUGAGCAGAAAAUUGGGGAAUGGGAUUCAGAGGUUUUUUGGGGGUACCCAUGAGUCCUGAGAGAAAUUCAGCUGGCCUCGUUUGGGGAGGGUGAAGUAUUUAAUUUUAGAUGUUAGUUCGGGGUGAAGGGUGACAUAGGGGAGCCAAACAGAGCUUCCCUCCAUCUGGGAAAGACUCAAGGCUGGAUCCUGGGGAGAGGAGAUGCCUUCAGAGAUGGGUGCAGGUAGGGGAAGGCAGCCAGAGCCUGGCUCACAGGAAUCCCUCCAAAUGCUGAGCAGACAGAUGUGGGGGCCUCCAUUCGUGGGUGGGAGAACAGACUGAGGAAUGAAUUCUAGGCUGAGAAGGGUUUGAGAAAUUGAGGCCUUGUUUCAUAGAAGGGGAAAAUGAGGCCAGCAAAGUUCUUGUCUAAGGACAUUGCGUGGGUGGAUCACCCAGGACAAUCCCCUGAGUGACAUCUCUGCUGUUCAGCUCUUUCUACUACCUUCAGUGGCUCUCAACCACGGCCGAUUUUGAUAAUGUUUAGAGACAAUUUGAUUGUCACAACUGGAGGAGGUGCUACUAUUGGUAUCUAGUGGGUAGAGACCAGGGAUGCUGCUAACCAUCCUGCAGUUCCCCCACAGCAAAGAAUUAUCCAGAUUCAAUUAUCAAUGAUUCCAAAGCAAUUGAAAUUGUACCUUUUGUUUGUGAAGCUCUACACUUCUCACAAGCUCCCAGGUGACGCUGGUGCUGCUGGGGAUGGAGCACACUUUGAGUGGCAAGAUGUGGGCAUUGGCACCUGGAGAAGGGAGGCACCUGUCCAGGAGCCUCAUGGCUGCUCAGUAGGUGAGCCAGAGCUAGAACCCACGUCUGCUGGCAUCCCUCCCAGCCUGUGACUUCGAAGGCGCGACACACUCCCCAGCCAUGAACUACGUGGGCCAGCUGGCGGGGACCGUGUUUGGGACGGUGAAGGAGCUGUACCAGGGCCUGAACCCGGCCACACUGAGUGGUUGCAUCGAUGUGCUGGUGGUGGAGCAGGUGGACGGCUCCUUCCAGUGCUCGCCCUUCCACGUGCGCUUCGGCAAGCUGGGUGUCCUGCGGUCCCGGGAGAAGGUGGUGGACAUCGAGAUCAAUGGGGAGCCCGUGGACUUGCACAUGAAGCUGGGGGACAGCGGGGAGGCCUUCUUUGUCCAGGAGCUGGAGAGUGAUGAGGAACACGUGCCCCCCCGCCUGUGCACGUCACCCUUACCUUGGGGAGGCCUGUCUGGGUUCCCCUCGGACUCCCAGCUGGGUACAGCCAGCGAAUCCGAGCCCAUCAUCAUGGGUGUGGCCUCCACGGGAAGGAAGAAGAGGCUUCGUAGGAGGAAACCCAGGUGGAAGGAGGACACGGUGGCUGACGAUUCUAGUUCUGAGGAGCUGGAGGCAGGUGCUGAGAGUGAGCUGUCCCUGCUGGAGAAGCCGAGGCUGGAGACCACAGGAUGUGUGGAGACCAGCAAUAUCCAGUUGGAAGAGGAGUCCUCGUCACUGCCUACAGACACCUACCCCUACUCCGAUGGCGAGUGGCCCUCCCAGACCAGCCUUUCGUCGGAAGGGCUAACAUCCCCUAAGAGUGACUCGGAGCUGGAGGUGAAGACCCCGGAGCCCAGCCCCCUGAGAGCUGAGUCGCACAUGCAGUGGGCCUGGGGGAGGCUGCCUAAGGUGGCCAAAGCUGAGAGGCCCAUGUCCUCGAUGGUCCCCGAUGGCAGCACUGGAGCAGCCUCAGCUCAGGGAGACCCUAGCACCCCUGACCUUCGGCCUGACACGGAGGUGCCCACUCUGAUGGGUCCCCCUCUCCCUGCCCCCGAGAGAGAAAAAACCAAGACUCAGAGAUCCGGGGAUGCGGGUCUCUCUCCUGCCUCAAAAUCAUGGAGCUGGGCCGCUCUGGAGGGUCCGGCUCCCACGGGGCCGCCAGAGGGGUUCUCCAGGAGGAAAGGCUCCCUGAAGAGAAGCCAGCACUUGGGCCCCAGCGACAUCUACCUGGAUGACUUGUCCUCUCUGGACUCUGAGAAUGCAGCCCUUUACUUCCCCAAGAGUGACUGUGGGCUGGGGCCCAGGAGGUGGAGUGAACCCGGUAGCCAGAAGCCAAUGGGGGGCCCCAACCCCGAACAGGAACCAGAACCCGCUCCGGACACAGUGGACACGAUAGUGCUGUCUCUCUGUGGAGGACUGGCUGACAGCCGGGACAUUUCCCUGGAGAAGUUCAACAAGCACAUAGUCUCCUACCAGGACCUCGUCCAAAACCCUGGCCUCUUGGACGACCCAAACCUGGUGGUGAAAAUCAACGAGAAGCACUAUAACUGGGCUGUGGCUGCCCCCAUGGUCCUCUCCCUCCAAGCCUUUCAGAAGAAUUUGCCCAAGAGCACCGUGGACAAGCUGGAGAAGGAGAAAAUGCCCAGGAAGGGUGGGCGGUGGUGGUUUUCCUGGCGACGCAGGGACUUCCCGGCCGAGGAGAGGAGCGCCCCGAGGGAGAAGACCACAGCCAGGGAGGCACGGGGGGAGAAGACUGAUGUCCUGAGUAGCGAGGAUGACGCCCCUGAGAGCCCUGUCAUCCUUGAGGCUCCCUCCCUGCCGACCUUGCCUCCAGCCUAUUCUCCUGCCUACAAGAAGUCCCUCCGCCUCUCCUCUGAUCAGAUCCGGCAGUUGAACCUGCAAGAAGGUGCCAACGAUGUGGUCUUCAGCGUGACAACCCAGUACCAGGGUACCUGCCGCUGCAGGGCCACCAUCUACCUGUGGAAGUGGGACGACAAGGUGGUCAUCUCGGACAUCGAUGGUACCAUCACCAAGUCGGACGCUCUGGGCCACAUUCUGCCCCAGCUGGGGAAAGACUGGACGCACCAGGGCAUCACGAGUCUCUACCACAAAAUCCACCUCAACGGGUACAAGUUCCUGUACUGCUCAGCGCGGGCCAUUGGCAUGGCUGACAUCACCAAGGGGUACCUACAGUGGGUGACGGAGCGGGGCUGCGGCCUCCCUAAGGGCCCCAUCCUGCUGUCUCCCAGCAGCCUCUUCUCCGCCCUGCACAGGGAGGUGAUUGAGAAGAAGCCGGAGGUGUUCAAGAUCGCCUGCCUGAGCGACGUCCAGCAGUUGUUUCUGCCCCACGGACAGCCCUUCUAUGCCGCCUUUGGGAACAGACCCAAUGACGUCACUGCCUACCGGCAGGUGGGCCUACCUGAAUCUCGGAUCUUCACAGUCAACCCCCGGGGAGAGCUCAUCCAGGAGCCCAUGAAGAACCACAAAUCCACGUACAAGCGGCUCAGCGAGGUGGUUGAGCUCCUCUUCCCGCCCUUGGACCGUGGCCCCAGCACAGACCUGGCCAACCCUGAAUACAGCAGCUUCUGCUACUGGCGGGAGCCACUGACCACUGUGGACCUUGACACCCUGGCCUGACACCCCUUCCUCCCUGGCCUGGCCCAGAACUGACUGGGAGUCCCAGGACAUCGGGCGUUGGAAGCUGGGUGCCACAGGACCAACCGGACGCGGAGGAGGGGAGAUGAGGGCUGGUUGGCAACCUCUCUCCUCCCUAUCCUGUCUCUUGCCUCUGCUAGCGGAGCUGCAGGGGGUGGGGCCGCUGUUCCCAGCCUCAGCUGGCCUGUGGCAAUUAAAUGACUGUCACCUGGGCCCUUGCCGCGUUCUCUGAGCCCUUGAUGUCUCUGUCCCCAUCACUCUGAGACUUUGCCUCAACUCCUGCUGGGACAGAGAGAAGAGGGAGGCCCCACUGAGGCUUGAGAGCUGUAGGCGCAGGGAAGGUUGGCGGCAGCAGUGGGGCACAGAUUAGCAUCUGGGAGGAACACAAUGUCCCCCCACCCCUUCAGGGAGCCUCUGAGGCCAGACCCUUACAUAGCCCUGGCCCGUUCCCACAGCUCUGGGGCCAGACACCUCAGCAUGUCCCCUGAGGAUGCAGCCCCAAAUCCUGCCAAGCAGGUGGGGUUGGCCUGCCGCCCUCCCCAAGUUCAGUGCCCACACAGCUGCUGAGCAAGCUCUUGCCCAAGGAGCUGUGGGAAGCAGGACUGACACCCGCUGCAGUCAUCCCUCCCACUGUCUUUGGGGAAGAAAGUACCUUUAGUUUAGAAAGGCUAAAAGCUUUAAUCCAGGCCCACCCUCCCCCAACAGCACCAAGUGGAGGGCAGAAUUCCCAAUGUCGAGAAGCCGGAAGGCAGGGCUACUGGAACCUGCAAAACAGCACAGGAGGGCCCCUGCUGCCGUGGGGAAACUGAGGCCAGGCGCCUCAGCAGACAGGCAUCAGGGUCUCUGGGAACUGUGCAGGCCAGAUGAACGCUUGUAUUUUCAGAUUGUUCUCGGUCAUGUUCUACCUGAAUUCCUCAUGACUUCAUGAGCAUCCAGGCGGGGCUGGGUUUGCAAGGAUUCUGGAAACUAGGGCUGGAGCCCUCUCCCUCCAGCCAUGGCCUUCUGCCCAGGGCUUGGCCUCAUUCAGGCCAUGACAUACAUGAGAGUGGCCCUAAAGAUUUCCCCACACACACGGAAAGGAGAGGACUACGUGGGGCCCAGAGUGCCUGAAAACAUCUUUGGGGAAGAGAAGGAAGCGCAUAAAUUGCACGGGAUCCCCAAACAGACCACCUGGGCCCAAUCCUGUCCUCUGGGAAGCGACAGCUCCCUAAGCCCUCACCUGUGGGUGGGUCAAAAGGAAUAAAGAGAACUCGUGCCUGA